AUGUUAGACAUUACCCAAUUUAUUGAAGAAAAAGGUGGUAACCCAGAAGCUAUCCGUAAAUCACAAGCUGCUCGUUUUGCUCCAGUUGAAAUUGUUGAUGAAAUCAUCGCUGAUUACAAAGAAUGGACUAGAAUUAGAUUCGAAUUAGACGCUGCUAACAAAGAACAAAACAAAGUCCAAAAGGAAAUUGGUUUGAAAUUCAAAGCUAAAGAAGAUGCCUCUGAAUUAUUGAAAAAAAAAGAUGAAAUUGCUGAACAAAAGAAAGCUUUAGUUCAAAAAGAACAAGAAGCUGAUUUAGCUUUAAAAGCUAAAGUUAACACUGUCGGUAACUUGGUUCAUGAAUCAGUUGUUGUUUCAAACAACGAAGAUAACAACGAAUUAAGAAACACUUGGAAGCCAGAAGGCUCUGGUGAAAUCGGUAAAAUUGCUACCGCUACUGGUAAAGAAGCUAAAUUAUCACAUCAUGAAGUCUUAUUACGUCUUGAUGGUUAUGAUCCAGAACGUGGUGCUCGUAUUGUUGGUCACCGUGGUUAUUUCUUAAGAAGUUACGGUGUUUUCUUGAACCAAGCUUUAAUUAACUAUGGUUUAUCAUUCUUAACUAAAAAAGAUUAUGUUCCAUUACAAGCCCCAGUUAUGAUGAACAAGGAUGUUAUGGCCAAAACUGCUCAAUUAUCACAAUUUGAUGAAGAAUUAUACAAAGUUAUCGAUGGUGAUGAUGAAAAAUAUUUAAUCGCUACUUCAGAACAACCAAUUUCAGCUUAUCACGCUGGUGAAUGGUUUGAAAGUCCAGCUGAACAAUUACCUGUUCGUUAUGCUGGUUACUCAUCAUGUUUCAGAAGAGAAGCUGGUUCUCAUGGUAAAGAUGCUUGGGGUAUUUUCCGUGUCCAUGCUUUCGAAAAAAUUGAACAAUUCUGUAUCACUGAACCAGAAAAAUCAUGGGAAGAAUUUGAUCGUAUGAUUAACUUAUCAGAACAAUUCUAUCAAUCAUUAGGUUUACCUUAUAGAGUCGUUGGUAUUGUCUCAGGUGAAUUAAACAACGCUGCUGCUAAAAAAUAUGAUUUAGAAGCUUGGUUCCCAUUCCAACAAGAAUAUAAAGAAUUGGUCUCAUGUUCAAACUGUACCGAUUACCAAUCAAGAAACUUGGAAAUCAGAUCAGGUAUAAAGAAAUUAAACGAACGUGAAAAGAAAUACGUUCAUUGUUUGAACUCAACUUUAUGUGCUACUGAACGUGCUUUAUGUUGUAUCUUAGAAAAUUAUCAAACCGAUGAUGGUUUAGUUAUCCCAGAAGUUUUAAGAAAAUACAUUCCAGGUGAACCAGAAUUUAUUCCAUACUUAAAAGAUCUUCCAAAGAACUCAACUUCCCAAAAAAAGAAAUAG